AUGUCCGAACGCCGACUUCAACUCUCCCCAAAGUUGGGUGGUGGCUUCAGACUGGCACCCGUGGCAUCCAUGCCCGCGCCUACUAGAAAGGACAAGAGCAGCAACGGUAGCAGCGGCACAGCAGGUACCACCGACUCUGCAUCUUAUCGCACACCCUUCACAUCCACAUCUCCCACCACUUGCGCGCCUCCCGUGCACGCUCCCAUCCCCUCGGGCGACCAACUCCUUUCCGCCCAAGACACUACCACGUCUCCUGUUGGACCUCAUUUGACAAGCACGACAUCAGAGACGGGCCAGGACAAGCUAUCACAAGCUGACCCGGAUCAUGCCUCAUUUCCAGGAGCUUGGAGUAUGAACCCUUCGACCGAGACCAAUUUGCCCAUCACUCCUCGGCGGGUGGGCAGCUUGCCAAGCUCCGAUUCGGACCCAGUAGCAGAGCCCAUCCGUCUUGAUUCAGCCGCAUCUUCUGAGCCCCAUACCUCAAUGAUGCAGUCAGCACCGAAAGCCACUCGAGGAGCAAAGCCUGAUCGGCUCGAAGGUCUGUCCACCGCGGGCUCCGACACGUUGACCAGCCGAGCAGAGGGUGAUACGGAGUACGAAGACGCGCUUGGAAGCAGCUUGACGGCCAUCGUUGGUGCUUAUGGUGGCUUUGGGACAGCUUUGGACACUGGGAAUCAGGCGCUCUCGUCGGCUGAGAAAGCUCACUCCGCCAGAGUCAGACAGGAAUCUGCUCCUGCUGGUGCGACUACAUACCGCUUUUCGCCAGAAGACGAUGCUGAAGAUGGGUCUAGCAUUAGCGGGAACGUUAGUGGAGCAAGAAGCCAAAGUCGGUACAGCACUGGUGUGCUGCUCAGCUCUGUGCCUACAUCUUCGGGUAGCAGCCAAGGCCAAACACUCGAUGCUGGCGCGUCGCAAACCACACCCGCCUCCGCUCCAGCACACGUGUCGAGGGGCAGAGAUCCGGAACAAAUCGAUCUGAGCCUGGACCGAUCUACCUUUGCGUCUGCGACGUCAUUCGCCAACGCUCCCCUUUCUGCUGCUACAGACGAGGGCAACGAGAAUUUCCAAGUGGCACCGGAACAACCUGCAGUUCCUGCUCGUGCUAGUAGUACUCACGACAAGCGUCGUUCGCGCCUUCCCGAAGAUACCCCGACAUCGGCUUUGAAUGUGCCAGACGAAAGUCGACCAGACGCUUUGACGACACCGAUCUUGGGAUUGGAAAGCAGCAAGAGCAGCCUGAGCGAUUAUGGGUCCGGUGCCGAGGGAGAGUACGAGCUGGAUGCGGCCGGACAGUCAAAGAGGAUGAGCAUGCUGCGAGGUGAGUACUGGAGAGACAAGUCUCCGAAUGAAUUAGUCAAAUGCGGCAAGAAGCUUAAUACAAGCAUUGUGCGGCCUCUACAGCUGUGAACGCCCUCGAGGCUAUGUCUACGCCAGAAGGUGCUCAAGCCGGCGUGUCUGCGGUUGCUCGGGAAAGACAGGCUUCGAUACCGACUGGCGCUGAUGAAAUCGAAGCCUCGCGAAAGCGUCAGGUCAAUGCGAGUCCCACUCGACCGGCAGCACGCUCACCAAUUUCGAUCAAGAGCGCUGCAGCGUUCAGCAAGGGCCCAGAGAGCGCAACACCUCGAGCCAAGGUGGCUGGUGGCCUACCAGGGCCAGGGCAGGCGAGAUCGGAUGCCGCAGCGAAGGACGGACGCGAUGACGAUAGCCGGAUCGACGAUGCAGAAAUGGAGGCCUCGAGAGCGGCGGAAGCCGAGGCGGAGGCGGACAAUGAUCCUUCUAGACCUCGCACUCUGAAAGAGGCCAGAGCCUUGGCGAAGGAGAGGGCUAGGCUUCGCAGGCUCGCUUCAGAAGGCGGUGCAGCAGCGGAGAGCAGCACUCUGGCCAAGGAGUCAGAUUCCGUCUCGCCCAGUGCUACUCAAGUUUCCCUUUCCCGAGCUCCAGCUGUGGUGUCUCCCCUCUCACACUCGAGCUCUGUAAGGCACAGCAUCGAUCGACCGCGACGAGAUCCUAAACGCACAAGCGAUGCCAGGGGUGCGGUAGUCAGUCCCUCCGAUUCUGGUCGGAUCGCUGCCACUUCACCCACUGACUCUCUCCCUCAGGCCGACGUGCCUGCAUCUGAGCGUCCAGGGAGGUCGAGUUUCGCAAGCGAGCGGAGUGCCAGCGAAUACAGCACCAGCGACGCUGGAAUGGCGCACGAUGAUUCCAAGAUCGUUGAGAGCCCUAGCGGUGGUACAGGCGCGGAUGAGGAUGAAGCUACAAGAGACGCAACGCUGUGGCGAAGGCAUAGCCGACAGCUCGCGCAAGGAGUCGAAACGCGAGGUGCACAAGAGAUACCGGGGCAAAGGUCAAGCGCGUUGAGCCCUGAGGAUGCAGCCGCGGCUGGUUCAUUUGACUCCAGCUAUGAUGUCGCUUCGGACACGGGUGCUGACGUUCACGGCUCCUUGCCCAGCCACAGUCACGCUCACUCUCCUGAUGCCGAAGCUCUACCAACCCGACCUGGUCCAGGUCGCCCUUCCUUGAGCGCAUCCAACAGUGGCAGCAUCUUUGGUCAUGUUGACACCGACUCCAUGGGCAGCCACUCGUACCCGAGUGUGCAAACAAACACGCGACGCUUUGGACACGUCUCUCCCUCCAUGGGUGCAGCUGCUGAUGGCAAGCUGCCCCCUGUUCCCCGCGACGGCGACACCAGCACAGAUUCAUCUAGAGCACAGACCACCGACACCUUGAAGGAGUUGCAGGAUGUUGUGACCGAGGCUUUGGAGGAUCUGAGCUUUGGAAGUAGUACGGCCACGAACGACACAGCCCAGCCGCGCGCCGCAACCAACAGAAGCAACAAUGAUCUCGGAUUGAUCACUCCGCGCGAAUCGCAUUUUCAGCUUGCGGACAAAGCCGCCUUGUCAGCUGCUGACAGCGCUACAGCGCCCCACAGCGAAGGCGCCUGGGCUGCUGGUUCGAUGUCGAGCGGAGCGCAGGGCAUGGCGAGGGCGCAGAGCACCGCCUCGGACGCAGUUUCCGAAGAUCAAUCCAACGUCUCCUUCAGCUCAGCUGUGGAAAAUCCGGCUCAUGCCACAGCCCCGAUGCAUCCUUUAGCGCGCGGCAGCUCGUCCACAAGCCCCACUGCAGAUGAAAGUCUCGCCCGGGCGUCAACUGUCACUUCUUUGACUUCGACCGCAACGUCUCGCGUGCCUGUUCCUGCCACUGUCAGGCGAGCUCAGACGCACAUUCAAGCAGCUCAGCGCGUAGCUGCCAACCCGGCGGCGAUCCGUCUGCCAGUGUAUGGCAGGACGACCGCUUGGCCCGUCUCCUUCGACCCCUCGCCCAUCAUCGAGAAGCGCAAGCUGGCACCUUGGGAACGAGCUCGAGCCUAUGCGCAGUACGCCAAUGAUUUGGCAAGCAUUGAUUCUGGACUCUACGUUUGGCUCUCAGUCGUGCAAAGACCUGCUCAAGCCCAAAUUCAAUCGCAGCAAAGAGGCAUAAAGCCUGGUUCUCAACACAAGGGGCUUGGCUUCGCAACCACCCAGCCAGCUACAUCUUCCAAAUUGAGAGGAGACGGCCCUGUCAGCGGUCGGGCGUCGGGCCCAGGUCAUGCCCGUGAGACCACUGGAGACUCGGCUUACGCUGCCAGUAUCCGCAGCGAAGCGACGUUCCCGAUCCGAGGAGAUGGAGGUCGCGCGAAGGAGAUUGUGCAGGCGACUCCGAGCAUGGGGAACAUCCCAGAGAGCCCACCUGGCUCUGUUCCGUCCAACAUUCCUUAUCCCACCCUUCUACCCCAAUCAGGAACGCGUGCGGACCGAGAUGCUUUCGAUGCGAAUCAACCCUUGCCUACUCCGAAUUCGUCUGGAAGCUUCUUCUCGAGCGCAAAUGCCGCUGGCUGGCCCGCUUUCAUUGAUCGUGUACGGGGCUCUUCUACCAGCACCGUUUCCGAUGAUUCUCCAUCUUCUACCAGAGUCGUCAAUAUGCGAGGCGACAGGGAGCGUGAGAGGACCCUCAGCUCUGCGGGAGCGGAUGCUCCAGCAUCGAAAGGGUCUUGGAGCCGUGGCGGAGGAGGUUCUAGUAAUCCCUCCGGCACUACUGGGUCCAAUGUGCCGAGUGGGGGCAAAUUCUUUGGCGGUCUGAGCCGCAAGGGUUCUAGAAGAGGUGUUGGGCCAGCUUCAGGCUUGAGCGUUACGCCCAUGAACCCAAGCGCUAGCGCACAGCCAUCCCCGCCAAGUACUGGUUCUUCCAGGGCCGGCGAUGCUACUCCAUCAUCCGCUGGUCCCCGUGGCCCUCGGGGUGUCGGACAAGGCCAGUCCUCCGCACCCCGCUCGACUCUUAGUCUCGACGUGACAUCCGCGAAGGCCGACACUGGCAUCGCCCUCAUUCAAAGCCCGGCUGUAGCUGCCGAUCCGAGCCCACCACCGCCUCCCGGUGCUGUUGCUGCUGCUCAGAUCCAGGGCAAGCUUGGCGAGUCACUUCCCGACAUAGACACUCGGGGUGCUGUACCGUCCAUCAGCAAUUCCAGAUCGCCAGCUAGCGCAAGAGGCCCCAUGGGUCCUCGUCCACCCAUCUCGGCUGGCAGCGUCGGCGGCGACUCGUUCAAGACCGCCGCAAGCGGGUCGCCUGUAGCCACCUCUACUGCUCGACGGCCUUCACAAGGUCAAGGGUCAGCACCGAACCGACAGAACAUCUCUGGAUCGUCUGGCCUAGGGGGUGGAGAGAGCAAGGGUCUGUACUACGGCCUCAGCUCGACCGGUGGCAUUUACGGCGUGCCCAAGCGCCAAGAAGAGGCAAGUGGCCGCAGGGGCUCAGAUGCGCCGCCGUCGCCGACAGAGUUGCCAGCAGAAAAGUCGACACCUUCCAGCCCAGGUAGAGCUCCAACAGGUCCUGUGAAGAGCUCAUUCUCGUACGGAUCCGUCAGGGAACGAAGCCCAAACAUUGGUUCCGGCACGACCUCCAGCAAGCUUGCGCCGCCAGCUAGCAUUCCGACUGGCGGAAGCAGCGCUGGCUCUAGCCCAAGCGGCGGCUCCACUGGGAGCUUCUCGUUCCGCAAAGGUAGCUUCAGCAGUCAGCUUUCGGGCUCUGGUUCCAAGGACAGCGCAGCGAGAGAAGAAGCUUUUGAAGAAGCUCUCAACAAGCUCGAAGAUGUUCUUCCCGAUGCUGAUCGCACUACUCUGGCCAAGUACCUUAAAAAGUCCGGCGGUGAUGAUUUGAAAGCCAUUGGCGAUUACUUGCAGGAUCAAGCGAGGGGUAAAUUGCCGCAGCCCACCAGGAGUCCCACGGGCAAUCUUGGCAGCGCUCGACGUUGA